CAAAGUGCCCUUUUCCCAAAAUGAAGUCGCCAUUGAGAAGACCCGUGAGAGCUCAAGUGAUUAAACCAAUUGUAGGACUUGUUUUUCUGAGUUUACUAAUAAGAGGGUCAGAGAGCAGAAAAGCAAGGAUUUUGGAGGAGUUUGAGUACAAUGCCAUAAGUUGUAGAGGUCACAGUGCUUCGCUGACAGAGUUCGGAGGAGUUGGAGAUGGGAAGACAUCAAACACAAAGGCAUUUCAGGACGCAAUCAAUCAUCUUAGUCAGUUUGCAUCGGACGGUGGAGCUCAGCUCUUUGUCCCUGCAGGCAAAUGGUUGACUGGAAGCUUUAGCCUCAUUAGCCACUUCACUCUCUAUCUCCACAAGGAUGCUGUUCUUCUUGCUUCUCAGGACAUAAAUGAGUGGCCUGUGCUCAAACCUUUGCCGUCCUAUGGCCGAGGAAGGGAUGCGGCCGGCGGAAGAUUCACCAGUCUCAUAUUCGGAACAAACCUCACCGACAUCGUCGUUACCGGGGAAAAUGGAACAAUUGAUGGUCAGGGCUCCUUCUGGUGGCAGCAAUUCCACAAGGGCAAGCUGAAGUACACCAGGCCCUACCUGAUUGAGAUCAUGUUCUCAGAUAGCAUCCAGAUUUCAAAUCUAACACUCCUUAAUGCCCCAUCUUGGAACGUUCAUCCUGUUUAUAGCAGUAAUAUUCUUAUUCAAGGCAUCACAAUCAUCGCUCCAGUAACGUCUCCAAACACAGAUGGGAUCAACCCAGAUUCUUGCACAAACACUCGGAUUGAAGAUUGCUACAUAGUUUCUGGCGAUGACUGUGUGGCCGUUAAGAGCGGGUGGGAUGAGACGGGCAUACCAUUUGGGAUGUACGGCAUAGCAUUUGGAUGGCCCACAAAACAGCUCCUCAUCCGACGGCUCACAUGCAUUUCCCCCUACAGCGCCGUCAUUGCAUUGGGAAGCGAGAUGUCAGGCGGGAUCCAAGACGUAAGGGCAGAAGACAUUGUGGCCAUCCGUACGGAAUCCGGAGUUCGGAUCAAGACAGCUGUCGGGCGAGGGGGUUACGUGAAGGACAUCUACGUGAGGAGGAUGACCAUGCACACCAUGAAGUGGGCCUUCUGGAUGACGGGCAACUACAAGGCUCAUGCCGACAACCACUAUGACCCGAAUGCCUUGCCGGAGAUUAAGGGCAUCAACUACCAAGACAUGGUGGCAGAAAACGUGUCGAUGGCUGCAAGGCUAGAGGGCAUCACCGGAGACCCAUUCACAGGGAUUUGCAUCUCGAAUGUCACCAUUGGGAUGGCAGCCAAGGCGAAGAAGCAGAAGUGGACUUGCACUGAUGUGGAGGGGAUCACCAGCGGGGUGACUCCACCACCGUGUGAUCUCCUGCACGAUCAGGGUUUGGAGAAGACCACAGCUUGUGAUUUCCCAACUGAUGAUCUGCCAAUUGAUUUGGUCGAGUUCAAGAAAUGUAGCUACAGGAUGAGUUAUCUUGUGUAGGGUUUAUAAAAUGUGCACAAGCAAUAUUGGCUGUGUUUCUAGCCUUCUAGGGAAAGAGCUAGUCUACUAUAUUUACUACGCUACCAAAAACUGCAAGUGCCAAUUAAGUUUUAUGUUCCAUAUUGUUUUUCUUACCUUGUGUUAACACAAGUCACUUGUAUUUCUGCAGUCAACUUUUGGAAAUAGCUUCAAAUGUGGGUGAUUUUAGUAACAGAAA